CUCUCUCUCUCUCUCUCUCUCUCUCCCGCGCGGUCCCCAUGGUUACGCGCGGAGGAGACGGGGCAGCUUAGCAACACGGCGACGGCAGCAGGAGCAUCCCGGGUGCAGACAGCGCGGUGCCAUCGAUAGGUGAACCACACGGAGAGAGCGAGAGAGAGAGAGAGACGGCGGAAAGAAGCAGCAGUGACUCCACAGAGAAACAUCUUCCACACUCGCGCACGAUGAAGUUCGUGGUGGUGCUGGUGGGGGCGGGCAGCCUGGCCUUCCUCGGCGCCGUCAUCUGCAUCGUGGCCAGCGUCUACCCGCGGAAGAGCGCCGCGCCUCUCGGCGACAACGGCACGCUGACGUCGGAGCCGCCGCUCGACCCGCUGGAGCCCGGCUCGGUGGCGCACGCCGGGCCCCUGGGCGCGCUGCACGGCGCCGACUCCUACGACGGAGGGAACGCGCUCGGCGGCAUCGGCCUGGAGGUGCCCACCCUGAACGAGCUGCACCUCGGCGAGGAGACGGCGGGCGCGGGCGCGGGCGCGGGCGGCUCCGACGCGAAGCACUUCAGCUUCAGCCGGUUGAUCUGCACACCGGUGCCGGCCGGGGAGUGCGACACGAAGGAGCUGAGGCGGCAGCGGCAGCAGCAGCAGCAGGCGGACGAGCCGCUGUACGGCGCCGGCGACGAGGACUGGACCUACCUGCGCACCACCGCCGAGGAGCUCCGGCAGACGGUGCUGCAGCAGAACGACCAGAUCCUCAUGGACCAGCGGACCAUCCGCGAGCUCACGGGGAAGCUGAGCGAGUGCGAGAGCGGCCUGGAGGACGAGAGGACCGUGCCGGAGCGCAGCGUCGGCGUGUGGAGCGGCAACCGCCGCGUCAUGGCCGGCGACGGCGUGAGCUCGUCCACCGCCGCGCAGCUGCAGACGGCCAGGGCCGUGGAGGAGCUGGCCCGGGCCAUCAUGGACCUGAAGGACCGCAUCGAGAAGCUCGAGGCAGAGAUAGGUCCUGCUGCGUUGAACCUCACCGACACAUCCGUGGGUACAAGCAGCAGCAACACUGGCAGCAGCAGCAGUCCGGCUGGUAACACCAUCAAGGCUCCUUCUCCACCCACCGGCAGUGCAUCCUCCCCGCCUGCAGCUGCUGCGCCGGGCAGCCGCCGCCCUGCGUCCCCUGCUUCCCCUGCUGCCCCCGCUGCCCCCAAACACCCAUCUAAGAACACCCCCGGCCGUGGAAAGGGCACCUGGAGGGUGGAGGACCUGGACGGCGAGCUGGAGAGGAAGAUAAAGAUGCUGGAGAAGGAGCGCCAGGCCAUGAGGAAAGAGACUCAGGGCCAACACGAGAAGAUCAACCAGGGGCUCGACACCGCCAACCACCGCGUCACGGAGCUGGAACACAUGCUGACAGAGCCGUCGUUCCCCGACGGCUUCGUCCUCUCCUUCCCCAUGCGGACCAACUACAUGUACGGCCUGGUGCGGAAGGAGAUAACGGAGAUGUAUGCCUUCACCGCCUGCGUAUGGUUGAAGGCCAAAGAGGGGGGCAUCGGGACCCCCUUCUCCUACUCAGUGCCGGGCCAGCCUAACGAGCUGGUGCUGCUGCAGGGAGUCCACAACCCCGUUGAGCUGCUCAUCAACGAUAAGGUAGCGCAGCUGCCUCUGUCCCUACCGCAGGACGAGUGGCAGCACAUCUGUGUCAGCUGGACCCUGAGGGACGGAGUGUGGAAGGCUUACCAGGGGGGGAAGAUGAAGGGGAGGGGAGAAGGACUGGCUGCCUGGCAUCCCAUCAAACCAGGAGGAGUCCUCAUACUAGGACAAGAACAGGAUACGUUGGGCGGGCGAUUCGAUGCCUCCCAGGCCCUGGUCGGCGAGCUCUCCCAGUUCAACCUGUGGGACCGGGUGCUGAAGCCUGCCGAGGUGGCCGCCGUGGCCGAGUGCAGUUCGCCGGCGCUCGGCAACAUCGCCCCCUGGACCGACCUUGAUGUAGACGUUUAUGGCGGUGCAACCAAGGAGUCCCUGGACCCCUGCCAUGCCGGCCAGCAAUCCAAUCCCUCCAGCCCCAAACAGUGAGGGGUGACCGGGAGAAGUCGGCCACGGGUAGCCAUGUUUGAUUGAUCGAUUCAGGAGUUGAUUCAGGAGUUUGAGGGCAAAUCAUAUUGGACUUUACAGUAUAUUUAUUUGGGAACGGGAACCUUUUCUGUUGGACGGAAAGAUGUGGCUCUUGAGUCGUUCAGAAUGGUGUAUCUGUUUUAUUUAUUUGUUUGUGUUGGUAUCCACGCUCGUGUGUUCACUUCUGCAGUGAGAUACAAUGAGUUUAGUCACAGCAUCACUGUAGUGAAGGGUGAAUCGACUUCUGACAUGAAAGAGACUACUAUGGAAGCUUUCCAUAAGAGAUCAUCUGUUGGCUCUGGACAAGUGUAACACCAUGUAUUGUCGGUAAUAAUCUGUUGGUUACUCAGGCAGAGGGCUGGAUUGGGUUUGAUUGCAGUUAUGGAUGAACCUGAGUUUUUCUUAAUCUUACAACAAGCGUGACACAAAGUUAUCACUUUGUUUUCCUUGUUUCCUGCUGGUUGUGUUCGAGACGCUAUCAUGCUAAUACUAAGUGGGAAACAAAACGAAUUUCAUUAAUUUUGUUUUAACUGUAUAUGAUCCUGUCGAGUAACGUCUGUGUACUUUUAAGUUUUCUAUAUUGCAUACCAUGAUUUGGUAAAACGGUGGUCUUAUAAAUGUACAGUAUAUUGUGUAAUGUAUCUCUGCUAAUGUUGCUCUGUGCCAGUCUGCCCCCCCCCCCCCUUGCUGUAGCCUCUCACACAGUCCUGCAGAGUUAGGUUUGCCGCAUUCUUGUGUGCAACUUGAGCAAAGCGACACCUUUGGUUGACUUUUGAAAUAAACACUUGAUGUCUAAAGCACUGAGUAAGCCACUAUAUGCAGCUUUAGCCUGCAAAUAAAUGUAAAUAUAUAUCACAACUGACGUUGUGAAAAAAAGCCUGAGGACGUUUUGGUGAAAUUGUGAUGUAUCCUUGAAUGUAAUCCAGAUGGAAUGUAAGUAGCCUAAAUGUGCAUGACCAAGGUCAAAUUUGCUGCCACUAUGGAAACAAACUCAGAAUGUGUAAAUUCACGAAGUUGGUGUCCCCGAACGGCCCCACACUCUGAAGCACACGGAUGUCUGUUUGGUAAAUCAGAUCCUCACACAAUAAUUGAACUGAAAGUAUGACUUGCGUAUUAAUUCUAUGAUGACCAUUUUGAACUUUACACCUGAAAGAAUCAGCAUGAAAAACCUCCAACGAGGACCAUCUCAUACUGACGAUCUCUGUCCUCGCCAAGAAAACUGACAAAACAACGAAAAUAAAUGAAUAGAUUUAAAAUAUAACGAUGCGUUUGAGUUGCAGUAUUAAUUUUGCAUCUCGCCCCUCUUUUGUCGAAAUCGUUCCCAACUGAAUUGUUUGUGACUGAAACCUGUUUUGCAUUUUCCUGCUUCAGACGCAUCAUAUGCCACAUUUACAUAAUGUGGGAUGAAAAGUAGCGAUGGAAAAUGCUCCUGUAUUACGAGUGGCAAGCAAUUAUAUGUAAAGAAUAAUUUCAUGAAGACUGAGCUGGUUAAAAAAUAGUGAGCACAGUCAAAAUAACAUGAUAGAGACAGUCACCUCGGAUGCAUUCAGUGUCCUUUCAAAUAAAUCUGAAAUCUCUCAUCAUAGUUACUUGAGGGCUUAUGUAAAGCGUAUUCAAUAAUAGUUAUUCUCUCUUCCUAUAUAUAUAACCUUGAAGCAGAAUUAAGGUCCGCCUCUAUUUCUAUCAUAUUGUAGAAAAAGAAUGUGACUGCUGAUGGACAACGUCACUAUAUAGCUCAAACCUGCACGACAGGACUGAGUAAGCCACUAUAUGCAGCUUUAGCCUGCAAAUAAAUAUAAAUAUAUAAAUAUAUAUAUAUAUAACUUAGGCUGUGAUGCUAUAUGAUCAUUUUUGAGAUCAGGUGGAGUAUUUGUGAAAUGAUAACGGGACGUGAUUAAUCCCCUUUUCUCUUCAGAGUUCAAUGCAAGUUCAAAAUGGACAUCAUAGGUUUUCUAGAGAGACGGUGGAACGGGCCGCUCCACUGUGAGGGGUCGAGGGUUUGAAUCCCACCUUCGCCACCGACUACACUAAACAUGUAUCUUUGUCAACACUGUGGUUAAAACACAGUCAGUUAUUACCUCAAGACGAUCCCGACAAAUUGCGAUUAGACACCCCGUUGUAAAGUGCCUGCCUGGGCUCUCAUGCCCCCCCCCCCCCCCUCCAAAAAAACCAAAAAAAGAAUAAAAAUAAAAAAAAUGGUCUAAAUUUUAAUGUUUUCAUCUUUCGUCGUCUUCUCUUUCUUCUCUUUCUUCUCUCUCUCUCUCUCUCUCUCUUGCUCUUGGUCGUUGAAGGCUGUUACAGUGUUGCACUCGUCCUUAUUUGCAUCUUCAUGGAUCUUCUAUGAUAUUGUGAAGUGGGUGGAUUAAAAAAAUAAUAAAAUGGUUAUGACAACAUUC